CCAAGGUUCAUCCCUUUUGACCACCAGCAUGACACUAUCGUGUUGGCAGACUGGAUUUGUACGAAACUUAUUAAUGAGAAAAAAGAAGAAAUACGAGUGGUGUUCAUGGUUUACUAUAUAUUUUUAUACAAUAAUAAACUAUUUACCUCUUCCAUUGCUGCUGCUGUAUUACUCAAGUUGCUAUACCUUUGUUCUACACUCAUGCAGUAUAUGAUUGGUAUUGUAUACAGUCGAUUCUUAAAUACAUUUCUGAAUUCUUUCAUUCCUACAGCAUCAAAUUGCAUACCUUCAAAAUUCCUUCUCAUUUUAUUUUGUUUAAAUUGAUUGCAAUAGUUGAUUUGUUGCUUAGUGAGCAAAAGCUUUUAGUGUUAAUUUGAAUGGAAAGCCAAUUAAUUUUAAAAUGGAAAAAUCUAAGAAGUACCAUUUAGAUUCAACCAGUGACCAAGCCCCUAAUUUAGCGAAUACUUCAAAGCAAAAGUGGAAGAAAAAGAAAAAGGAAAAUCACAGAGAGAUGCAAGGAAUUCGGCAAAAAUCAAGGAGUCCUAAAUCUGAUGUGGAAAAUGAAAUGGCUUUAGAAAAUUUUGAAAAGAGUGACAAGCCUAUAUCACCAAACAUGAAGGGCCAUGCAAGGAAAGACAAGUCUCCUCCAGCUCGUCUUCACUGCUCUUACUGUAAUGUCUACUUCAGCACCAAGGUGGAGCUUCAGACCCACUGCAGAAGUCAGGAUCAUCAGACCACUAUCAUGUCAGAUGAAGGCAGAGACUGGACUCACCGACCACCACCCCGGGGACUAAGUGCAGAUGAAUACAUGCUCUGUGCCACUUACAAGGACACACACACUUGCCGCUUGGGGGACCAGUGUAUAGAAGCUCACAGUGAUGCAGAGCUUGUUGAGUGGCAGGAGCGUUUUGAAUAUCGGGCUAUGAAACUUGAACGAGCAAGGGAGAAACAGCUGCAUGGUGCUUCCUAUGCUGAUCAACUUCUGGAGAGGCUUUCACAGACACAGCAUCAUGAUGCACUGCUUUCUGAAAAGAGUGAUGGAAUCAUAACCGGCAUCAGUAUGGAACCUAACCUGCGGGUGUCACACAAACCCAGCAGUCAUGAGUGGGUCAUCAGCCUGCACACUGUCACACCAUUGCGGGUCGUCUCGCUACUUCACGAUGCUCACCGAACACACUUCACUAUUUCUGAAGUAACUCGUAUUGAUGGCCAUCGCCAUAUCCAUAAAUCGAAUGAACCUGAAAAUAAUCAGGAGUGGGUGAAUAUAGACGCAGAGGCUUUGAUAUAUCAAGAGCCAUCAGGGUACGAAUACAAAGUUACCAUUAGUUUUAGAACUAUGAUUUAUGGAACAUUUAGGCAAGCAGUUAUCUUUGACUUUGGUAGUGAACCAGUUCUCAUGCAGCGAUUGUGUGUGGAUGUUAUUCCUGUUGAGGAUCUCAGUGCUCUUUUGGAAACCAAACGUACAAUACUUACCAGAAGCGAAAGAUGGUGUGAAGAGAAUGUGGAAAUAAUUCCUUUUGAUCCUAAACCUCAUGAAUUUAGUGAGCAUGACAAAUCAAUACUGGCUGCAUACCCGGCUCCUACAAAUGAAAACUUUGUUUUAACUCAGACUUCAAUGGAAAAAUUCCCUACAAAAAGCAACUACCAAAGCAGGUUACACGAUCUUUUAAACAUUGAGGAGUUGGCCCAGUUCGACUUAGUUGCCAGGUUUAAUAUCAAGACCACUCUACAAAUUACAAGUAGUUAUUUGCUUUUGCCUUCGACUGCCGCUACUGCAAAAUAUUCUCGACCAGGUGAACUGUUUGGAAAACUAGAAGUUUCUUCAGAAAUCUCAGAAGAUUCUCAUCAUGGACGGUUAGUGCUGUCGAAUUGUAGCACCAUCCUUGUGGCUCCUGUUGUAGAUAAGCAAGAAGUUCGGGGUAAAGGAACACCAAACAGUUCAUCAUUAUCAUCAGACUCUGAGAAAGAUGUUGAUGGUGUGGGUAAGGAGGUUAAAGCUAAACGUCGAAUUUACGAAGUACUUAUUGAAGACAAAACAAAAAAGGAGAUAUACCUGCGGUUUUCUGAAUCUGCUGUUUCUGCCCUCCGUCUAAGUGAUGAUGAAGAAGUGACAGUGGAAGUUCAGUUUCAGUUGAACCGUCUACCACUCUGUGAAAUGCAUGCAGCACUUGACCGUCUCCCAGCUUUAGACAUGAUUUUUCCAGAUGUCACUCUAGAACCUGCAAUUCCAUGGAACCCAAUCAAUGAUGUGUGUGGUUCCUACAGGCAGUGGGGCGAGAGUCUGGAUGCCAAGUUGAAUCCCAAGCAGAAGGAAGCUCUUGUUGCAAUUACUGCACCAAUUGGACUUGUCCUUCCUCCUAUACUCAUCAUAGGUCCUUAUGGGACAGGGAAGACCUACACACUGGCACAAGGUAUCAGACAAAUUCUACAGGAGCCAGGGUCACGCAUCCUCAUCUGUACUCAUUCCAACAGUGCUGCUGAUUUAUACAUCAAAGAAUAUCUCCACCCAUACGUCUUAGCAGGACACGAGGAAGCUAGACCUUUACGCAUUUAUUACCGCAAUCGCUGGGUUACAACUGUUCAUUCUGACGUUCAGAAGUAUUGUUUGAUAGAAAAUGACCAGAGUGUUAGGAGGUUUGUGAUGCCCAGUGAAGAAGAAAUUCUCUACCAUCGAGUUAUAGUUGCAACUCUCAACACUUCCCGUUACAUUGCAUCACUCAAGCUGGAGAAAGGUGUAUUUACGCACAUUCUAAUAGACGAAGCGGCCCAGGCUAUGGAGUGUGAGGCUCUGACACCAUUAGCCCUAGCCAAACCUGAUACUCGCCUUGUAUUGGCUGGAGAUUACAUGCAACUCAGUCCAGAGGUUUUUUCUAAAUUUUGUGAAGAAAGAGGCUUAGGCACAUCUCUACUAGAGCGACUGUAUGAUCUUUAUCCUGCAGACUCCCCAUGCAAAAUUAUGCUUGUAGAAAAUUACCGCUCGCACUCUGCCAUUAUUAAGUAUACAUCUGACUUGUUCUAUGAUGGUCGACUAGUAGCAAGUGGGAAGCAGACUGCUCACCCCAAGUUCCAUCCCCUUACCUUCUUUACAGCUAGAGGAGAAGAUUUUCAAGAUCCUAAUUCCACUGCUUUUCACAAUAAUUCAGAGGUUUAUGAAGUGUGUGAGCAAGUGGGAGAAAUCAUCAAUCAUUGGCCAAAGAGAGAGUGGGGUCCAGUUGGUGAAGGGUCCAUUGGGGUUGUGACACCUUAUGCUGACCAAAUGGUUCGCAUUAGAGCUGAGUUGAGGAAGCGCAAACUGUACAAAAUUAACGUGGAAAGAGUUCUUAAUGUGCAAGGGAAGCAGUUCCGAGUGAUCAUCUUAUCAACUGUGCGUACACGUCACACUUGUAAGGCAGGAGAUGAGGGAUUAGAUUUUGGGUUCCUCUCAAAUGCCAAGUUAUUAACCACUGCCAUCACUCGAGCCCAGAGUCUUGUUGCUGUUGUUGGAGAUCCAGUUUCACUCUGUUCUGUUGGAAAAUGCAGGAAACUUUGGGAGAGAUUUCUACAAUUAUGCUCAGAGGCUGGAUCACUGUAUGGAAUAUCCUGGUCUGCUUUACGAGCACAGCUGGAUGGCGUCGAACUUAAGAAGACUUAUGUGUUAAACCCACUAGCUCCUGAAUUUAUUCCUCGUUAUCUUUAUUAUUCUCCUCUACCACCUUUGCCAGUAGUAUCAGCAAUGCCGCCAUAUGUGAGUAUGUAUCCUCCAUACAUACCCACAUACCCUAUACAUCCUGUGAUGGGACCUCAGGCAUUGCCUUAUAUUCACCAAGCUCCUAUGCCUCCUCAGUGGUCUCCAGUGCACUAUAGUCCUGCUUCUAAGACACAAAUAGCUAGACCUGCGCCUGGUAGACUUGGCCAACCUCUCAUUGCGUCUCACACCUUACGUCCAGCAGUAGUCACAGCAGCACCUGCAACCUACAUAGAUCCUCAUGGGUUUGAUUAUUCAUUACAUCCUGGAGUUGUUUCAAUGUAUCCCUAUCAGCCUGGCAGUAUUCCUCACCGUGUGCCGCCAGUGCGACGAGCUACUGAACUAGACCCUUUCAACCGUGGCACGUACAUGCCGGCACUUCCAGCUCCCUAUCAAAAUUUAAAACAAGUACCUCCUCCCAAUAUAUUAACACAGCCUCCUGGAAUACGAUGCUCUCGCUUUGGUCGUUCAUUAGCUCUUCCUACAGCUCAUAUUGGUAGGGUAACACCACAGAGUGAAGGAGAAAAGUCGUAUCAGUUCUUGAACAAUGUUCAUUUUCCAGAACGCCAACUAUCUUCUAAUCCAUCAUCUCUCAUCUCUCGGUCGAUAUGCUCUCGAACUGAGACUGAAUCACCACUGUCGACACAAUCUAGAGAGAGUUCUCACUCGAGCAACAGUGAUGGGCGAGCCCCUACACAGGCACAGACCCAUCAACAAAUUCUGACCAGUUCAUCAAAUCAGCCACACAAUGAACUUCAGUCUCAGCUACUAUCACAUAUACGACAGCAGCCACUACUUCAGGUAUAUUCACAAUCCAAUGGUAAUGCUGGUACCGAAGAUUCAGCUCUCCCAACUCCUGAUGUUCCAGAUGUUGUACGAAUCAUUGAUGAGCUCAUCGGGGAUCACUCUCCCACUAAGACUCCAGGUCAGUGGAGUGCAGGUGAAUCAGACACAGACUGCAGAGUAGAUCCUAUUCAAGGUAUGUGCCGCUCAUCUUUAGAGUCUUGGUCAGGAAAUUCCCCUUGUGGCAUGAGAGCAGCAAAUUCAAAUAUUCGUCAUCAUGCCACAAGCCCCUGGUCAAUAAACUCUGCUAGUGUAGGAAAAAUAGUGACAGUUCAAGAAUUAGAAGCCUCUUUACACAGCAGGCAUCAAAACCAGGUUCAUGGAGCAAACUUUUCAGGUUCUGUGGUAUCCAGGGCACCAGGAGGACCACCAUUUUGUACUAAAGAGACCGAAAAAUUAAUUGCCAAUAGAGAAAUGGAGGAACCACUUAUAAGGGAAAGGGGGGACGUUCCUCCGCCUCCUGGAUUCAGUGGAUUAAAUAGGUUAGUGGAUCCCAUGGCACACUUAGAACUUAGAGAAGUUAAUUCAGCUGGUUAUCGAACGCCUAGCCUCCCACUAUAUCUAAGACGUGGUAGCCGAGAAACUUUGUCUAGUAGUGUUCGAAAUUCACCACAGAAUUCGCAAUCUGUUAUAGGAAGCAAUAGCAUCAGUAGCUCAGCUCCAGCUAUGUGGCAUCCCAGUGGUGAUAAUUUAAAUUCCUCUGUAUCUACACAUGGAGAAUUUGGUCUUAGAAAUAUUUCGUGUUCUCUUGGGGUAUCUCCAUCAGUUGCACUUAAUGCACACAACCAAGACAGUAAAACAUAUGCUGGUGUUCUACGUUCUUCGCUUCAGCCGUCAUCUUCAGAUAAAGGAGAUGACUCAAAUUUUUCUCUUACGGAUUUAACAGAUAAAAAAAUGUAUGCAUCAAGUAAUCAUCUUUACCAGUAUUUUCCAUAACAUAUGAGAGGACUAUUGAGUAUUGUGCAAUUUGCCAUUCUUCUACAAUAUUUUUAUGCUCAGUAUUUCUUUAGGUAUUAUGUGAAAUGCAUGAUAAACAUUUUGUACGAACUAUAUGUUAGGUCUAUUAUUAAUGCAUGACUUUUGUUGCAAGUGACCAGGAUUCAUUCAUGUAGAUGAAUUUUGUGUGUUAGGAGUUAAAUAAAUAAGAUGUACCGUAUAUAAAUUUUAUGCGAGAUAUAGAAUUUACAAAGAUGUGUUGUCAGAACUAAUUUAUUAUGUCUAGUGAUAUAAUAGAUAUAUUUUUGUCUAGUAAUGUGUCAAUUUCCAUUUUUUCUUUCAUAUUUAAGAAAGUAAAUUUUUGUGUAUUAUUUCCAUUGGAAUAACGAAAGUUUUUGGAAUUAUUAUUGCUCAGUUUCGAGAAGAAAUUUGAGAUAUCAUGAAGCAUAUUAGUACCUGAUUAUUAUUCUACCGUAUCUUUCUGGGACCACUAAUGAUUACUUUAUUCUGUAAAUUUUUUUUCUCUGUUAACGUGAUUAUGUCAUAAGAGGUAUGCUUUCUGAAACACAAAAUGAGCCUGGCCUCAGGCUGAGCUUUGAGAUUUUCAAAGCCCAGCCUCAGGGCAGAUUUCGUUGUUGGCUGCCUUAUCAACCAGACUGUUGAUGCCAGCAGCCUGCUAACCUACAGUUGUGAUUUCAUUGAUUCUGCAUAUCAAAAGCUUAGAUUAACUGUUUUGAGUUGGAUGAGAAAUGAUUAUUGAGCAAGUUUUUACUUUCAAGUCUCAAGCUUCCAUACUCAGUACAUUAUCUCCAUAAUUUCUUCUUUUAUAAAAUUUAUUUUUACUUAAAGUGUCUACAGUUUUAUGAUUUCUGGGGAAAAUGAUGCACUGUUGUGAACAAAAAUAUGACAGAUAAUAUUAGUUUAGGUGCUUGAUUCUUUAAAAAAAGGAACUUGGGGGUAUCUAUGAAUGUGUUGGUUUUUCAAAAGUACAGUAUAGUCUUUUUGGUGCUGGGUUUUACAGUGUUUAAUGUAAUCUUUGAAUAUUUCUACCUGUGCUUGAAUAAAAGUAUUAUCAACACUGAACAAUGAAAGGAGAGUAACCACUUUGAACAAAAAAAUAAAACACACACAAUUAGAUCUGUAUAUGGAUUUGAACUGCACUCACUUCAUUGAAUUAUGUAUAUUUUGACUGCAGUCAGAGCCAUAUUGAGGCCCCUUUUAAAUUGCCAAAGAAGGCCUUUGACUGAGGCUCUUAACAUACAAAUCUCUUUUUUACCUCUAUUUUUUUAUUCCAA